AAAAUGAUUGCUCGUUUGUGUGCAGCAGGAUCUCGCGGAACGUGUUGAGUGUAUGAAUUUUUUCCUGGCAUUUUUCUGUAAUAUUUUCGGUGAAAAUCCAUUCGAAUCGCGGCUUGAAAUGUUUGCAAAGUCUGGAAAAAGUAUUGGUUCUUGAGCGUGCAUAAAGGUAACGUUCCGAAAAGUGUUGGAACUGUGCAAAUUUAGUGUUUUUAUCUUUGCCAGUGAUUCCGUUCCUAAACAACACAACCUUUUCUGGAAGCAAAUCGGUUGGCAAGGAAACCCUUUCGCUUCACCACACAUCCGUUUACGAAAGAUCUUACGCGACGUUUUCUCCCAUCUCAGCAGCCCACUGGCAACGGUAGUCAAGUGGCAGCAGCAGCAGCUGAAAGCAGUGUCUGAAAGUGAAGGAAGCAUCUCUGAGAAGCAAAAAGUGCGAUGUGAAACAAAGCGAAGAAGCACAACAGAAAGAAGCGACAGACACAACACCAAACAGCCAGUGCAAAGUGAGAGCAAAGAGACGACGAAAUGCUAAAAAAUUUCACUUUCUAUUUUUUUUUAACUUUUAUUUUUUAUGACAUACUUGCGUGAACUAUUCGAAGGUUGGUUCAAGCUCCGUAUUUGGACAGGAUUUAUGAUUCCUUCAUUUUAAUAAUCUAGAUAUUGUGAAAAUAACACGGGAAAGGACAAUUUUCUGCUGCCAAAAUUCAAACGUUACUAAAAUCAAUAGUGAUCUGCAAGUGAAAGGUGCGCAAUUUGGAAACUUCCCAUGUGAAGACAGAGUAUAGUUCCAGACGAAAGAAGCUGUAAUAUCGCAACUUAGGAAGUCAAUGCGCAAAAAUUCGGAGCUAUGCAUAUGAUCGGAUCAAGUGUCAAUGUGGUGCGGUGAUGACGUAGGCGAUAUAAGCAGUCAGAAUAUUGUGUGCUAAAUUCUACCCACCAUCGUUCGGUUAUAAGAAGCUACACCUAAGAUGUUGAAUUGUUGUGGGGAGAAACCUGUUUUAGGGGUCGAGUGAAGAAGAGAUUUUUUUCUGUUGGCUUGCUGGGCUCCUGCUACCUACAAGAGCUGUACGCGUGACAAACCGUUGGCGAAAUUCGUACCAACAUUUUGGGGCGAUCAAGUGACUCAACACAGGAAGUGGAUUCGCAGCCGGACGAGGAACUACCACCAAUGGCUUCAACGGAGCAGAAAAAGCCCAAGGAGAAGCAGGAAGACGGGGAGAAACGGGUCGGAUGUGCACAUUAUAAACGACGUGCGAAAUUUGUGACACCAUGCUGCAAUAAAUUCUACAUGUGCCGGUACUGUCAUGAUGAAUACGAGACUCACUUCUUCAAUCGUAAAACGGUAACAGAACUAGUCUGCACUGAGUGCGACACUAGGCAGCGAGUUCAGGCCGAAUGUGAGAAAUGUGGAGUGCGAUUUGGACGGUACACUUGCUUGGUGUGUAAUCUAUUCGAUGACGAGGAUCGAAAUCAGUAUCACUGCGAUGGAUGUGGUAUUUGUCGAGUGGGAGGCAGGGGUCGAUUUUUCCACUGUAAGGUGUGCAAUAUGUGUCUACCAAUGCAGUUACAGGUCGAUGGUCAUAGGUGUGUCGAAAACGUCUCACGAUCAAAUUGUCCUGUGUGUUUAGACGAUAUUCAUACAUCCCGCAUUCCCUGCCACAUUCCGGACUGUGGUCACUUACUACAUCGUACGUGUUUCGAAGAAUUGCUAUCUUCGGGUCAUUACGCUUGCCCAACAUGUCAAACGUCGAUGAUGGACAUGAAUCAAUUGUGGGAAUAUUUGGAUGCGGAAGUGGCUGCAACACCUAUGCCAAAGGAAUAUGAAAAUUACAUUGUGGAUAUUCUCUGCAAAGAUUGUCAUAAGGAAUCAACGGUAAAAUUCCACGUAGUCGGAUUGAAAUGCAGUCAUUGUGGCGCUUACAAUACGUGUCGAACUAAAACAAAAAGUGUAGACUCAUCCGAUAAAUGCACAAGCAAUAGUGAAGUUCGGACAGUGAAUGGAGAAGGCAGUGGCUCCAGUUUGGGGGUUGCAAGCAGUUCUUCCUCAUCAUCCUCUCUUUUGACCGUAACUACAACUGCCCCUAGUAGCUCUAGCAGUAGCAAUAGCAAUGGACAUGCUACGGCACCUAUAUCUUCGGGCUCGGAAAUGGCGUCAACAUCAGCGGCUUUCAGUCAAACGCCAGCAUCUAGUUUACCGUCUACUGCUGCCAGUAGCAAUUCCAGCAAUGAACAACCUCCAUGCAACAACAACAGUAAUGGGAGCAGCGAUAGUAAUAAUCAAAAAGCUUAAAACGUUGCUGGUCAAAUAAUCAUCGCUUCAUCUCUGGCUACUUUCUACUACUACCCUUCCGGAGCUGGCGAAGCUUGGACGCUAGUUUCGUUCUGUUCUGCACUAGACAAUUAUUUUAUAUUUUAUAGAUGAUAUUGCUGUCUUGUACGUUAUGAAUUCCAUGCAUUGGGUGUUUCGAUUCCAGCUAAUGUAUGGAUCAGAAUAUUGGGCAAUUUCACCGCGCAUAUGUUCGAGUGUAAUUAGCAGACAAUUUUGUUGAAAAGUUUAGACAUGUUUAAUUUAACCAUUUUGGUCGUUAUUGAGCCAACCAAAAAAAUUGAUUUGAGGUACUAGAUUUUUAUUUUCAUAGUCGUGUAAUCGAUAUCGUUAACAAAAUCUUGCACUUUUAUGGGUUUCUCUUAAAUCUACGGUUGUGGCGCCUAGAUCGUGCUAAAUUAAAUUUCAACAUUUGUUGUAUAUUGUGUAUUUUACAAUAUAUUAGAAAUCGCGUUUGCAAGGGUUUGUUUUCAAAAUCGUUGACGAAUUGUAAAAAAUAGGAUUGUAUUUUCAAGGCAUGCUUUGAAUAGGGCUUCUAGUGUUUCAUAUUUUAAAUGUAUGAUGGACUAGCAUUGUAUGUGUGGCUAUAUAUUUAUACAACGAUGAUUGUGGGUGUUUUUAUAUUUAUAUUUUUGUAUAUUUCCUAAAGAAUACAGAUUUAUUUUAUAUUUGAUCGUAGCACACUGUUUUAUUUUUUUUAUAGCAAUUAUUCAAAGAACUUGAUGAGCCUAAUUUCCAAUAAUCAAUCGCUACCAAUAAUUAUUCCCAUAAAAUGCAUUAAACAUUGUGUUCGAUACUUUCUUUUAGAGUCGCUUUAAGUCUCCAUUAUAUGUGAUAAAGUAUUUUUAUGACGUGUAAUAUUAUCAACGGAACCCUCCGGACUCCAUGUAGUAUAGCAGUAGUAAUAACAAGUGAUAGAACCUUUUUAGCGUAGAAAUACAAAUUUCUUACAGCCGUAUGGGCAGCAACUACACGAGUCUCGAAAUACAGCUAAAAUGUUUUCACAAGAGAAAACACAAGUGAAAGCAUCUUCUAAGCGUAGUAAUACAAAUUUCUCAUAGCCGUACGAGCCGCAAUUACAUGAGUCUCGAAAUAUCACUAAACCGUUUUUGAAUAUUCACAUUUAAAACAGACUAAACUAUCCACAUCACAGCGCAAAUAAGCAUCACCGACGAAAAUAUUUCAAAAUGUAGGAGCAGGAUUUUCAGAAAUUUUGUAUCAGCGGCCGAUUUCUAAAUCAAAAGAAAAUAACUAAUGCAGUGCAGUCGUGCAUAGUUAGGUAUGGUAAUUUAAAAGUAGGAAAUCUGCUUAGUAUUGCGAACCGAAGAAAAAUCCAAAUUGAAACAAGCGACACAAGAUUUUUAACGGAUAUAAUUUAUCAUUUAGAAUUCCAAACCUAAGCGAUCGUGUAGAUUCUUGAAGGAAUCGUCUGCAAAUGAUAGACUAAUAAGAAAAACAUACUGACGUACGGUCAGACUCUGUAAGCUGCUACAGUUAUUUAUAGGAAUAGUAGCAAAUUUAUGUUGUGACAUCACAAUGGAAAUAAUCAUCAACAAGUAUGAUAUUCUCCAAUAAAAGCGUUAUGUGAAUUACCCUGA